AAACGGUCGCCCCGAGUCUAUUUGCUAGUGAGUGUGGAAGGCCCCCGCCCUGACUCUUCAGAUUUCUGUCAUAACAUUGACUGGUUUACAGCGUUGCUUUUUAAUUUUCGACAUUUUCCGCUGGGAUUAAAACCUCUGUAAUUAACGAUGCCCCUCUUCGAGGGACUGGGAACCGGUGGGGAGAAGACAGCUGUGGUUAUCGACCUGGGAACAGCCUACACAAAAUGUGGCUUCGCUGGAGAGUCUGGCCCGCGGUGCAUCAUCCCCAGUGAGAUACAGAGGACAGGACAGGCUGUCAAAGUGGUCCAGCACAACAUCAACACAGAGGAGCUGUACUCCAACCUGAAGGAGUUCAUCCACAUGCUGUACUUCAGACACCUGCUGGUGAACCCCCGGGAUCGGCGUGUAGUGAUUAUUGAGUCUGUUCUGUGCCCCUCUCACUUCAGAGACACCCUCACCAGAGUCCUGUUCAAGCACUUCGAGGUCCCCUCUGUGCUCUUCGCUCCCAGUCACCUGAUGGCCCUCCUCACACUGGGCAUCGACUCUGCACUGGUACUGGACUGUGGCUACACAGAGACACUGGCACUGCCUGUAUAUGAGGGGAUCCCUGUCCUGUCUGCCUGGGAGGCGCUGCCCCUGGGAGGGAAGGUCAUCCACAAGGAGCUGGAGAGCCUGCUGAUUGAGCAGUGUACCGUUGACACAGAUUCCUCCACGGGACAGAGCCUGCCCUCCGUCAUGGGCUCCAUUCCAGAAGAAAUCCUUGAAGAUAUUAAAGUGCGCACGUGCUUCGUCAGUGAUCUGCAGAGAGGACUCCAGAUCCAACAGGCCAAGUUCAACCUGGAGGGCACCGCGCAGCGCCCGGCCCCGCCCCCUGAUGUGGAUUACCCUCUCGACGGGGAAAAGAUCCUGCACAUCAAGGGAGCGCUCAGAGACUCUGUUAUUGAGAUGCUGUUUGAACAGGACAAUGAGGAGAAAUCUGUCGCUACGUUAAUCCUGGACUCGCUCGUCAAGUGCCCGAUAGACACUCGGAAGGCCCUCUCUGAGAACCUGGUUGUUAUCGGAGGCACGGCCAUGCUGCCCGGGUUCCUGCACAGGAUCCUGGCUGAGAUGAGAGCCCUGCUAGAGAGGCCCAAGUACCGGCAGGCUCUGUCCACCAAGACCCUCCGCCUGCACAGCCCCCCCGCCAAGCCCAACUGCACCGCCUGGCUCGGAGGUGCGAUCUUCGGGGCUCUGCAGGAUAUCCUGGGCAGCCGCUCGGUGUCGCGGGAGUAUUACAGUCAGACGGGCCGCAUCCCUGACUGGUGCUGCCUGACCUCCCCCCCUCCCGAGAUCAUUUACGAUGCAGGCAAGACUCCACCCCCGCUCAUGAAGAGAGCCUUCUCCACUGAGAAAUGAGACCCAACUCACCUCACUGUAUCCACCUUCCUAACUAUCAGCCUGUCUGUGUCAGUCUAUCCAACUCCUCAUGAAGAGAGCCUUCUCCACUGAGAAAUGAGACCCAACUCACCUCACUCUAUCCACCUUCCUAACUAUCAGCCUGUCUGUGUCAGUCUAUCCAACUCCUCAUGAAGAGAGCCUUCUCCACUGAGAAAUGAGACCCAACUCACCUCACUCUAUCCACCUUCCUAACUAUCAGCCUGUCUGUGUCAGUCUAUCCAACUCCUCAUGAAGAGAGCCUUCUCCACUGAGAAAUGAGACACGCAAACUCCCCUCUAUCUAUCUAUCUAUCUGUCAAUGUAAUAUCACUAAGCUCCCUUCUCCCUCUGUACCUUCCUAGCUGCCUGUUCAACUCUUUGAAGACAGCAUUCUCCUCUGAUCGUGGCGUGCUCCCCAUUGAUCUGUUUACACACAGCCCUGAAGUAAGGGCUGGGGCUUGUGAGCGCAAGUGUUCCCUGGACACAAGCCUUUUUCUUUGUUUUGUUUAAAGCUCAGUAUUUAUUUCUUGUCUUGUCUGAAGCCUCUAUAAAAACCCAUGUUGACUGAUGGAUAGCUUUUUGUUUUGAUCUGGGAACCCAGUGCAGCUUUGAGUGAAACGCUGUCUUUGAAAUUUCUACACACACACUCUGAAAUAAAUCACUGUAGCAAACUGACAA